UUUUCAAUUAAUUAUUUUUACAUUGUUAAUGUCCGUUGACUCCGUUAGUCUUGGAACAGCCCACACGAAUCGACUACGGCAUACGGCCCGCCAAAGUUACUCUAAAAAAAUAUCAUCGGAUUAACAUCACUUGUCAACAAAUAGAGACACCAUAAGAUUUCAGGAAUGGAGCACUUAAAGAGAAUGUGCAAUGUGAGACCAGUUCACCGUUACCUUUAAGUAAAGAAGAACAUGCUCAACAAAGUGCUGCUUUCCCAUUUAUCACGGACGAAUUGAUCGGACACAUCGUUUCUGUAACUGUAUACUUGUAAGAAUGGUUCAAGCGUUCUGCUGCACGGCACCGAUAAUGUCUAGUAUGAGCAAGCUCGCCGCCGCCGGCGACGGCCCGGGCUGGGCCGACCUCCCGCGCGACCUCCUCGAGUCCAUCCUCGCCCGCCUCCCCGUGCCGGACCGCCUCCGCUUCCCCGCCGUCUGCACCUCGUGGCAGUCGGCCGCCGCCUUCGGAAGCAACGCGCCGCUGUCGCCGUGGCUCAUGCUCCCCUUCAACCCGGCCGCACGCCGGGGCGGCGGUGGCGGUGACGCCAGGUUCAUGGAGGCGCGGUUCCUGAGCCUGGCGGAGGGAAGGGCGUACGCCAUCCGGCAGCCGGCGCCCGCCGCCUCGGGCCGCGUCUGCGUCGGCACGUCGCCCGACGGGUGGCUUGUCACCACCGACGCCUUCUCGGAGCUGCAUCUCCUGAACCCGGUCACCGGCGCGCAGGUCCAGCUGCCGUCCGUCGCCACGCUCCCGUUCGUCGACGCCACCCGCGGCGCGGACGGCCGUGUAGAAAGCUACAACUUCCGGUGCUUCUUCCCCGCCGACGACUGCGACGGCGAGGUGCUGAUCCCACCGGCGACACUCGCGCCCGACAGGCUCCGGUACGAGGUCUACGACAAGGCCAUCGUGGUGUCCGCGCCGCGGCGCCUGGCCUCGCCGUCGGGGGAGACCUGGGGCGGCUACGCCGUGCUGCUCAUCUGCCAGCCCCUGUCCCGUGUCGCCGUCGCCCGAGCUGGGGACGCGGGAUGGACCCUGCUCGACACGCCCGCCCGCUGCUGGGUCGACGCCGUGCGCGCGGCCGGAGCCGACGGAGCGGUCUACGCGAUGGACACCGCGGGGCGCGUCGAGGCAUGGGACAUGGACGCUACGACGACGAACGCGACGCCGACGCCAUCCAGGGCGAUCGCGCCGCCGUGCCGCUGCUCGGCCCGCGCGUGCGCCAUGUUGGCGGCGUGCCGCAGGUACCUCGUGGAGCUCGAGUCGGGGCACCUGCUCCAUGUGCACCGGCUCCGCGGCGCGGCGCACGCGGGGUACACCUGGGAGCCCCGGCCGGAGUACGUCGAGUACACGACCACCGGCGUCGACUCCUUCGAGUGGAAGGCCGGCGACGACGAAGCAUGUGACCUUCCCCAGUGGUCGGAGGUGGACGGCGAGGCCGCUAGCCGCGUCCUGGGCGCGCGCGCUGUGUUCCUGGGUAAGAGCGCGUCGCUGUGCGUCCCGGUGGACUGCAGCGGCAGCGGCGGCGAGCUGAGGGGCAACCGCGUGUACUUCACCGACGGGAGCUCGGGCGCGGCGCGGGACCUGCUCUGGAAGUGGCCGUCCCCGGUGUGGGUGUUCCCUUCGCUCGCUAGCUGAUUUUUCGAUCCCAAUCUAAUCUUGGAUGGUUGCUCAUUUUCUUUCUAGCUAUCAGCUUCCGUCGUCUGGAUAUUCUCAGGAACAGCGCCUCAGCUUGCCGUAGACCUGCUGCUACCUCCUGCAUACCACUGCUGUGCUUGUAAAAUGUAUGAGUUGAGUAAGAAGGCGGCGUGUGGUAAAAUGCAUACAACUGCUGGCUCUCCACGGAGACUAAAAACCACGUCUUCUCUACCAACAUACGUCCCGGAUGAUGUUUGAUUCCCAGCAUCGAACGAGAUC